AAAAAAAAAAAAAAAUCAUCUAAUUGUGGUUUGGGUUGGUCUAUAUUAAUUUAAUGAAGAUGUGUAUAGUGACUGAGAUUGAACUUUUUGUGAGAAUUUGGUCAAAUUUCUGAAUAUUAGAUGAAAAGAAACUAAAAAAUAUGUGGAAGUUCAUUUGUCCAAUACAUGCACUAGUUUGAAUGAUCCAUUCUUAGGAUAAAUUGCACUUAAGAGAAGUUUUUGGGGGAGGGAGGUAUUGCAUAAUUAGUGAAUAAUUAUUAAAGAAAAACCAUAGAUAAAAUAAUGGUUAUUGCAAACAAGUGAGGCAGCUAACCUAAUAGGUAAAUGAUUCAAUGCAUCUUAGAUUAAAGAGUACUAUCAUUUUCGUAAAACUUGUGCAUGUACAAAUGAUUUUAUAUCUUGAAAAUUCUAAUCGUGCUUCUCAUCUGACAUGGAUGCAGAUUAAAGCUCAAGGAAACAUGAUAUGUGGUCCAUAUCUGCAUGAGGUUAACCACUCAUUUAUUGUGAUAAGGAAUUGGGAUGGUGUGUUAUGGACUGCAAUAUUUGGUAUUAAGGAUGGUACUGGCAAAGAUGAAGAGGACAACUCAAACAAUAACAUGGAGGUCGAAAGCAACUUGGAGGGUGACCUAGAGGAAAACUAAUAUAGAUCUUUUCAUAAUUCUAGUUGUUUAAAACAAUAUUUUUAUAUUAUGGUUUAAUUUCAGGAUUUUUUUGUAUAUUUUAUAUUUUAAAGUUUGAACUUAUAAGAAUUUUUAUGUUUCAAUGGAUCAAUUUUUAGUAA